AUGCUACGCCCUAGGCCGUCGGUGAUCUCAUUAACUCGUGCAGACGUCACGGACGUUGUACACCGCCGUCGGUUUCGCAGAUACCUCGAAUGCGAUGAGGGCAAUGUUUGUGUCGACUUCGCCCCUGUCGAAAUAGAUACGACAUUCAAAUUAGACCGGCAUGCGACGCCCCCAUCGCGUACCGCCCAGCGUAAAACGACGCCGACAACGUACGACAACACGCAAAACAGUUCCCCUAUUAUAAAUGGCGGGGCCCACCACUGGGUAACGGAUGUGCCACUACUGCUGCUCUCUGAUAAGGAGACGGGGGAAGAUGUGUCCCCGCCGCACGAAGUAUCUGCUAGCCAGGUGCGUCGUUUAAGAACACGAGGCAAGUCGCAGCAAGGCUCGGAAUGGACACUGCAAUUAUGCCUGCGGCCCAAACCUGGCUUGCCUAAUGCUACGACUCCCGCUAAAGAUGAUGGCUCGACGGAUUCACAAGACUCGCGCGAGAAUCCGGCUCCCUUCUUGGAAGAUAGCACGGAUUUUAGGUUGAAGAGUGAUGCAGGCCCUUCCACUCCGCGGCGUGGGUUACCCCCAGGAUCACCCGGCAACCCCCCGACUGCUCCUAUUGCUUCCAGCCGAGUUUCGCGGCGAUCGUUUGACACCUCGGAUAUUCGUCGAGACGAUAGGAGCUCAUCCGAAAUAUCAUCGCCGUCCCCUACGUUUAUGAAUCGGGGGCGGCUCCGGAUCUACAACGACUUCCUACCAGUUUCGUCCCAGCCACAAACACCACAGAAUCUACCCCGGGCUCGCCGCCAGAAUCGCCUACAGGGAUCAUACACGGCGCCGGCCCGGCGUAUCUCGCCACAACCUGACCUAGCCACGGCGACGAUCCGUCCCCGGCGAACCCGGCAGCGAAGAAGGGAACCAAGCCCCCUAGGGCUACGAACAUCAAGACUUCCGGGCUCAGAUGCUGAUACGGAGAACAUGGACGACGCGGCAUUGCUUGAGGGGGUUGCGGGAGAUAUGGCGCGAAGCUGGGCAAGUCCAUCCCGGUCUAGCGACUGA